AUGGCUAAAGAUUUGGCUCAAACUCGUAACGCUUCCCAAGUUUUUGGUGUUGCUAGAAUUUAUGCUUCUUUCAAUGACACCUUUGUUCACGUCACUGACUUGUCUGGUAAGGAAACCAUCGCCAGAGUCACUGGUGGUAUGAAGGUCAAGGCCGACAGAGAUGAGUCCUCUCCAUACGCUGCUAUGUUGGCUGCUCAAGAUGUCGCUGCUAAGUGUAAGGAGGUCGGUAUCACUGCUGUUCACGUUAAGAUUAGAGCUACUGGUGGUACCAAGACCAAGACUCCAGGUCCAGGUGGACAAGCCGCUUUGAAGGCUUUGGCCAGAUCGGGUUUGAGAAUUGGCCGUAUCGAGGAUGUCACCCCAGUUCCAUCGGAUUCUACCAGAAAGAAGGGUGGUAGAAGAGGUAGAAGAUUAUAG